CAGACCUCACCAGGCCGUUCAUCGCUUGGCUCAUCUGUACUGUGGGAAGUGGGUGGACAUGGCCUGGAGGAUGACAGAGUUGCUGCUUCUGGCUUUGGUGGCUGUUGCAUGGGGUGCCCAGCCCAGGACUCCACAGGCCAGGACAGACCUGCUCAACGUCUGCAUGGAUGCCAAGCACCACAAGACAAAGCCAGGCCCUGAGGACAAGCUACACGACCAGUGCAGUCCCUGGAAGAAGAACGCCUGCUGCUCCCUUAACACCAGCCAAGAAGCCCAUAAGGAUAUUUCCUACCUGUACAGAUUCAACUGGGAUCACUGUGGCAAGAUGGAGCCCGCCUGCAAGCGCCACUUUAUUCAGGACAACUGUUUGUACGAGUGCUCACCUAACCUGGGGCCCUGGAUCCAGGAGGUGAACCAGAGCUGGCGCAAAGAGCGGGUCCUGAACGUGCCCCUCUGCAAAGAGGACUGUCAGAUCUGGUGGGAAGACUGCCGCACCUCCUACACCUGCAAGACCAACUGGCACAAGGGCUGGAACUGGACCUCAGGGUAUAACCAGUGCCCAGUGAGAGCUGCCUGCCACCGCUUUGACUUCUACUUCCCCACGCCUGCUGCUCUGUGCAAUGAAAUCUGGAGUCACUCCUACAAAGUCAGCAACUAUGGCCGGGGCAGCGGCCGCUGCAUCCAGAUGUGGUUCGACCCGGCCCAGGGCAACCCCAACGAGGAGGUGGCGAGGUUCUAUGCUGAGACCACAAAUUCUGGGGCCAUGCCCCAGGGGACCGGACCUCUCCUGCUCAACCUCACCCAGAUACUUCAACGCUGGUUCCUUGGCUAAGCUGUUUCCACGGCUGACACCUGGAUACCUUCCUUGCCUGCACCCAACCUCAGCUCAGCCCAGCUCCACUCUCUCAGAUGAGGAGGACUCACAAUACCCUGGUCAUUGGAUCCUGAUCCAAGGUCCUACGGGGAUCCUCUGACAGCCUGUUCUAAUAGAUAUAUCUAUAUGUGUCCUGUGCCUUAUAAAUAAUUUGGGGAUAAGUGGGUUGGGGGUGGGGGCAUUUCUCACUGCUUCAUCAUUCCCUUUGAGAGGCCCAAAGCGGGACUGGGACUAACUUGAAGUUCAGCAGCAAGUAGGGGGUGGAAGUUGAUCCCUUAGCCUGGGGCUCUUACUUCUGCACCAGCCUUCCUCCUCAUGCCCCCUCCUAUACCACAAGGGAACAAGGGAAUUGGUGGAGGGAAGCUGGGGAGAGACUGGCAGAUGAGU